AUGGCUGGAAUUGUAAAGAACGUUAUUGCCACAGGCACCUCGUCCGGCUUGGGAUUUGAAGCAAUUAAACAAUUGCUGCAGCAAACCCAGCCAUACAACUUCAUUCUGGGCGCUCGAGACACCACCAAGGCACGGGCCGCAUACGAUGACUUGAAGUAUGACUCUGCAAAGCACAGCGUGUCAAUUUUGCCUCUCGACCUCUUGAACUUGAAGAGCGUUCGAUCAUUUGCUACUCAAGCGCUGGGUGAACUUGGUCAGAACAACCUGGACUUGCUGUUCCUAGUUGCUGGCUCUCUGAACAGUGCCGAUGGACCCGGUCCUCACGGCUCACAGUGGUGUGAAUCAUACAUCACUAACCACUUGGCUCAACAUUAUCUCACACAUCAGCUGGCCGAGAAAUUGGCUGCCUCCAAGUCUCGCGUCGUCAUCGUUUCCUCGGGCGCGAUUCGUGGAGUGAGAGAAAAUGACCCUAAGACGCUCGACGUUGAUUUGAAGGCUGGCUCUGGCGCAAAUGCCAGGGUCGUCUACAGUGCUUCCAAGUUUUCUCAACUGUUGGGUGCACACUGGUGGCGUCGCAGUCUUCCCACAUGCAAGGUCGUAGCAGUCUCACCCGGCCUCAUCCCCGAUACCAAGCUCGCACAACACCCAAGCUUGGGGUUGAGUAUGGACAUGCCGGAUGCUAAGACAGUGCCCGAAGGUGCCGAGAACCUUCUUCGCGCGGUCAAGGCGGAGGACUUCCCCGCUGAUCCGGAGCAGAUCUUCUUGACUAGCUGGGGUGAAUGGUGGCCUAAGUCCGUCUACCAGACUAGUCUCGACACCAAGUUGCAGGACAAGUGGUGUUUGAGCAAGGAGGAGAUCGAAAAGACCGAGCCAAUCUUCCAAGAGUGA